AUGUUACUUGUGAUAACCAUCUACACCUUUUCAUUCCAGGGAUUGGAUUUUGUGAUAUCAGAAGCGAAAAAGUACGGGAUUCACUUGAUUCUCAGCUUGGUUAAUAACUGGGAUGAUUUUGGAGGUAAAAAACAAUAUGUUCAGUGGGCAAGGGAUCAUGGAGGACAAUACUUGAAUAGUGAUGAUGAGUUCUUUACUAACGUUCUAGUUAAAGGAUAUUAUAAGAAUCAUUUGAAGACCAUUCUUACGAGACGCAACUCAAUCACCGGGGUUGACUACAAGGAUGAUUCCACCAUCUUUGCAUGGGAGCUAAUGAACGAACCCCGCUGCCAGUCUGAUCUAUCAGGGAAAUUUCUACAGGAAUGGAUAGUAGAAAUGGCAGCUGAAAUAAAGUCCAUUGAUAAGAACCAUCUUCUCGAAAUCGGACUUGAAGGGUUUUAUGGGGAAUCAAUGCCUGAAAAGAAGCAAAACAAUCCGGGCUAUGAAGUAGGGACCGACUUCAUUACAAACAACGGCGUGAGCAAUGUGGAUUUUGCUACAAUCCAUCUGUAUCCCGACCAAUGGGUUCCGGGAGCUAGCGAUGAAGCUCGAGCUAAAUUUGUUGAAAAAUGGAUUAAUGCACAUAUUGAGGAUUGUGAUUCCAUCUUGAGAAAACCUUUACUGAUUGCAGAAUUUGGCAAGUCCUCUUGGUCUUCAGGUUACACCGUAGAAGCAAGGGAUGAGUACUUUGGUGGGAUAUUCAACACGGCCUAUGAAAGUGCAAGAAACCGGGGGUCGUGUUCGGGUACAACUUUUUGGCAAGUCAUGGCAGAAGGAAUGGAUAACUGGGGUGACGGAUACCAAGUUGUCUUGGACCAAAACCCCUCCACUGCUGCAAUAAUUGCCAAACAGUCUCAAAGAAUUUCAUCACUCAACUCUUCAACCAACCUAGAGUUCUCUCCCGUUGCUGUUGAAAAAUAA